AUGCUUUCAAUGAGCCGUCGAUUGUCUCUUCAUUUCAAUCCAUUUCACGUCAAUUCUCUUCAAAACCGUCUCUUUUAUGGCCACAAAUUGGCGCCCGUUUUGUCGUCGACCAGAUGUGGCCCACAAUCGAGACAAUUGUCAACCAGUGAUGACCAGAAGGAGGCCUUUGAGUACUCAAUACCACCGCUCAUGAAGUUUACCCCCAAAGGGAUGCCUAAUCUGUUCUACGCUCUGAAGAAUCAGUUCAUUGCUGUGUCCAUCAUAUCAUCCAAUUUAGCCAACGAUCACAUCGAAGGCAUCAAAGAGAUGAUCACCGAAGAGGCUUACGAAGAAGUGGUUAAGAAUUUCUCCGAUUAUUCAUUACAACAGAAAUCACUGCUCAAAGUGAACACCGAAGACAUACUCUUCUGCUAUCCCUAUAACAUCCAAAUCAUGAAACAAUCGCCCGAUUCAGUGACUGUUAAGAUAUUUGUCGUUUUUGAUUGCGUUUCGGGAAUCAAUGACUUAAUCCAAAAUCAUAUGUCAAACCAAAACUUCAAAUUUAUGAGUUUCAAUAAAUAUAUGCAAAACAAGAUUUGCUUGAAUUACCAAUUUAUCCGGCAUUACAUGAAAGACAAUCAAAGCGAUUGGAUUGUCGACAAACUACUGCACAUGAAAGACAAAGAUAUACUCAAAAUGUAUCGAUUGUUUAGAAAGUGAUUGUUAUUUUCUGGCCAUUGAAUGUUACGGUAAAUAAAUAGUACGUAAAGCCAUCCAUUA